CGUUAUAAACGCAAAGGCUCCAACUAAAACCCUAAACAAGCUUCUUCCGUCUCGCCCUCUACCUCUCGUGCUUUGCUUUGCAAGUUUAUUGUGAUCAUGGCGGCGGAGAGGAGAUCGGUGAUUACUCUGGGAGGAAAAGGAUCAUCCUUUUCUUCUUCCUCCGUUUACAAGAUCGCUUUCGGCGUCGCUAACGUACGAAUCGACUCUUCUGCGAUCGAGAGACUCUCCACUAAACCCCUUCCAUUGAUCAAAGGAAGCUCCUUUAGUAUCCCCGAAGAGUUAACGAAGGAAGAGACCCGAGCUUCUUUGGUUGUGCUCUUAAACAAGCUUCUUUUGGCAAACUCCGGUUCGGUUCGGUCUGUUCUUCCGGUUAAGAUAAUGGAGAUUGUGAAUUCAAAGGAUGAGACUUUCGAGUUUGGUGAGGUGGAAGUGACGGAAGGGGAGAGUGUCGUGUUGGAGAAGUCUUGUGCCACGCUGGUUGGGAUAUGUUCGGUUAUAGAUCACAAGUCAACGGUUUUGUCGCAGAUUGUUGACUCUGUUGCUGCCUUGAGCUGUGAGGCUACUAAAGGUGACAUCACUUCGUUCAGCUCGUUGGAUUCUGGAGAUGGGUUUGGUAAUAAAGAUGCGAUCAGUGUCGCUGGUGAUCUCAAGGUUUUGCUGAAUGGGUCUAAAGCUGUUGGGAAGUUUGAGAUCGAAGAGAUUUCGAAGAUACCGAGGAUUCAUGGGAAGUUCAGAGACGUGGUGAGGAGCGUGCACUCGGAUGCUCGGGUUGAGUUGAACUCAGGUGUUAAAGGAUGUGGAGUUGGUGAGGCUUUGGGAGCUACGUUGUCAGCUUUGUGUGUGCCGAUUAAAAGCUUGGGAGAAUGUUCGUUCCUUCGUGCUAAGCUGUGUUUCGAGUCCAUUGUAAAUGAGGAUCUGAGGGAACUGCUCUUGGAAAAGAGCUGUGUUGAGUAUGAGAAUCUGAAGAGCGGUGUUAAGUUAGCUCUCGUGGAAGAGGAUCCCUGCAGAUUGGCUCAUAAGUUGAAUGAGUGUUUGGGGAUUGUGUGGAGAAUCAUUGGUUUGGAAGCAGCUGCCGCCUAUUUUGCACUUGCUGGUGGAGACUUGUUUGCAACUAAAGAGGUGUUGAAGGGAGAUAAGAAGAAGAAAGCAGUUUUGGGGAAGGGGACAAGCGUCAUUAUCCAGUUUAUCAAAGAGAGAUUGGUGAGUAGUAAUGAGGCAGCAAAUGGUGGUGACCAGGUGGAGCAAAUCUUGUAUCUUUAUAAUCCGGAGAGUCACGGUUUUGAUUGCUUGUUGGCUAAAGUGAAAGAGAUUGUAGAAAGUAAUGAGAACAGGAGACUUCCCAAGCUUCCAAAGGGUACUCGAGAUUUUGCUCAAGGAAAGAUGAUAAUCCGAGAAAAAGCAUUUUCAAUCAUACAGAAUGUUUUCAAGAAACAUGGUGCAACUGCACUUGACACUCCUGUCUUUGAGCUAAGAGAGACACUUAUGGGGAAAUAUGGAGAAGACUCAAAGCUGAUCUACGAUCUUGCUGAUCAGGGUGGAGAGCUAUGCUCUUUAAGAUAUGAUUUAACUGUUCCAUUUGCACGGUAUUGUGCUAUGAAUGGUAUCUCAUCGAUCAAAAGAUACCAAAUAGCAAAGGUGUACAGAAGAGACAAUCCAUCUCACGGGAGGUACAGAGAGUUUUAUCAGUGUGAUUUCGACAUCGCUGGUUUGUCUGAACCAAUGGGACCUGAUUUCGAAGUUGUCAAGAUUUUAACUGAGCUCCUAGAUAAAUUGGAGAUUGGAGACUAUGUGGUGAAACUGAACCACAGAAAGUUGCUUGAUGGGAUGCUGGAGAUAUGCGGAGUACCAGCUGAGAAAUUCAGGACCAUAUGCUCGAGUAUCGAUAAGUUAGACAAGCAAUCAUUUGAGCAAGUGAAGAAGGAGAUGGUGGAGGAGAAGGGUUUGUCUUCAGAGGUUGCAGACAGAAUCGGCAGCUUUGUCAAGGAGAAAGGAGCUCCUAUGGAGCUGUUGAAUAAACUGAGAGAAGAAGGGAGCGAGUUUUUAGGUAACAAGUCAACGAAAGAAGCUCUUGAUGAGUUGAGUAUAAUGUUUGAAGCUCUCGAGAGAUCAAAGUGCAGUGGGAGAGUAGUGUUUGAUCUAAGUCUAGCUAGAGGUCUUGAUUAUUACACCGGGGUCAUCUUUGAAGCCGUUUGUAUAGGAGCUGAGGUUGGAUCAAUUGCUGCUGGUGGUCGAUACGAUAACCUUAUAGGAAUGUUUGGAAAAGAGCAAGUCCCUGCGGUUGGCAUGAGCCUGGGGAUCGAGAGAGUGUUUAACAUAUUGGAAAAGAAACAAAAACUGGAAGAGAGAAAAACACGAGUUGUUCAAUCUACCGAGACACAGGUUUUGGUAAGUAUAAUGGAGGAUAAUAAGCUAGGUGAAGCUGCAGAACUGGCUAGUCAGUUAUGGGAAGCUGAUAUCAAUGCAGAGUAUCUUGUGAACAAACGGAGAGGAAAGCAUUUUGAUCGUGCUAUGAGCACGGGUUCUGAGAUUCCUUGGAUGGUGAUCGUAGGCAAGACAGAACUCAGUGAAGGUGUUGUAACAUUGAAGAAGAUCCUCAAGGGAAGUGAGGAGGAAGUUCCAGGAGUUCCUAGAGACAGUUUUGUUGCAGAACUGUUGAAACGUCUCUGAGUUCUCAAUUAUGUUGUAUUUUUAUUUUUAUAUAUCGAGUUUUUGGUUUGUACCAUUCUGAUGAUGACUCAAAAUCUUAUGAUUGGUGUUGUUGGAGAUAGAAAGUGACAGAUUUUUUUUU